UUUUCUAGUCAAUUCGCCUCUUCCUGGGUUUCCUUACACUCAACAGCCCCCAGUAUCAACAUUCCAACAAUCAACUCAACAAAACUUGUUAGAACAACAACAAGCAGCCACCCAACUACAACAAGCAUUUGGUAGUGAUUCGUGGAAAACACCAAAUUAUCCUCCAACAACCCAACAACAACAACAAAUAAUCCAACAACAAACAUCUAGACAAGUCCCAACAUUUGAGGGAACAAAUGUUCAGAGUAAUGUUGUUCCUUCUUUUAAUCAGCAACAACAACAUCAAUAUCAACAAUUAAUUCAAAACUUUCCACCUCAAGGACAACCUCCACCUUCACAACAAUUUCGUAUUCAACCGCCUUCAAUUCGGCCUGCACAACCGUUGUUUAUGUUAUUGUUUUAUUGUGCUGCUGUCCAAUCCAUCAACUUAUACAAUACUCAACAACAAAACAUUCUCGCAACUCGUUUUUCUGGUCCUCCAACACAAACAGGACAACCACAACAAACAACUUUUUAUUCCAACCCACCUCCACAACAACGAACACAAUUUACUCGAGGGGUAACCCAAUCUUUUGGUCAACAACAAUUUGGGAAUAGUUAUAGAGGUGGACACAAAACAUUUGGAGGGCCUCGUUUUCCAGGGCAACAGAGGUCUUUUGACUCUGACAGAGGUGGUGGAGAUAAACGUAGACGAAGCAGGUCCCCAAAUGAACAACGUAAACGUUUAAAUAUUGUCUCAAACAACGAAAAUGAUACUUCAACCACCAAUAAAACUACAGCUUCUGGAGAAUAUGGGAAAGGACGUUUUUGUGUCCAAUUGUCGAAUGUUCCUUACAAAGCUGCUUUUAAUGAUAUCAAUGAGUAUUUGUCGUUAGCAAAAGCUGGGUGUAUCAAAGUUACUCGUGUUUACAUUCCUGAUAAAAAUUACACUGAUCGUUGGAUUGUUGAGUUUGAUAAUGAAGAAAAUUCGAGAGCUUUAAUUAAAUUUAGAGGAGAAAUUUUUGCGAGAACAAUAAGAGCUGAAUUAAUUCCAAAUCGUCGUGCUGAUGAACAAUAUGCGGUAGCUGAACCGGAUGAAAGAGACCGAGGGCGUUUUCGAAGGGAGAUUGUUAGAAGGGAUAGAAGUAGGAGCCGAAGUCGAAAUAGGGAUAGAAGCCGAAGUCGUGAUCGUCAACGUGAUUCUAAGGAUAGACCGAGUAGUCGGGAAGAUUCUGGACGAAGCCGUCGUCGUUCAAUAAGUCCAUCAACUCGAAAACGGAGUUCAAGUAGAGAUAGAUUCCCGCGUGAACGGACUCGAGAUUUUAAUAGAGAUGAACAUCGUAAUAGAGAUGGGGGUGAUUUUGGAAAUAAUCAACCAUAUCAGCAACGAAGAAAUUCCACUUUUGUGCGUAGAGGAGGAAGGACUUAUGACAACAAUAAUAAUAAUGGAGGUUCUAAUAAUAAUUCACAUCAACCUGUGCCUUUAUUUGGGGCUUUUGCAUUUCCUAGUACUCAGGCAAAUCAGGCUGUUUACAACCCAAAAACUGGGUCUACAGUUCAACUUGGUGCAAAAGAUUUGAAGCCUUUACCUCUUCGUUCAUUUGGCGGCCCACCUUCCCAAUUUUUCCCAACACCAACUUCUUCAAGUCCAAAUUUUCGUUUUCCUUCAAUUCAAAUAUAUCAAAAUGGGCCUCCACCACAAAUCAAUAACAACAGAAAUGGGGGGAAUAUUCAAAUUCAACAACAACAGCCAACAUCCCCACCAACACAAAUCCAAAUUUCCCCACAUUUUCGUCCACAAUUUGGACAAAAUUUAUUUUCUGGAUUAGCUCCAAAUUUUACAAUAAAUAAUUCAAGAAUGCCUGGACAAAAUUUGAUGAGUUUUACUGGUGGAGGAAUAAAUAAUUUGAGACAGUCACAACAGCAAUGUAAAUAA